UUGUACAGAAUAUACUAGGGUGGUGUCUGUCACUUUGAGAAUCUUGUCAACAGCUAGCCAUGGAGAAACACAAUUCCUUAAUGCUAGUACCAAUGCCACCGACACGCCGCCACCGAAGCGGCGCAGAAUACUCACCUUACGGCCAACUAAUGGUUGUGCCACCUACCACCACCGCCAUUACUCCCUACAGUACAUACUCAAGCAGCUUUAAGCUACCCCCUGGUUGGGGUAUUCAAGAAGUUCCUCGCUCUGAUGGCUCUCGAGUUGACAAGUACUACUAUGAGCCUGGGACUGGGCUAAAGUUCAGAUCACUGAGAGAAGUCGAGAGACGAUUGAACGGUGAAAUAUUUGCUCCUAGAUCCAGGGCAUUGGUAGUGAGACACAAUCAGAGUUCUCUAUCUCGGAAGAUGGUUGUUUAUGGUGGAAAGAUAGUGAGAAUGGAUGAAGAGCAGUUGAAUCAAUGGGCAAUUGUGCCGUCAAGAAGUGCAGCCACCUUACCCUAUGAACUUCCAGAUGGUUGGGUGAUAGAAGAGGUACCACGUAGAGACGGAAGCUUCGUGGACAAGUAUUACUAUGAACCAGGAACUGGACUAAAGUUUAGGUCCAGAAUAGCAGCACAGAGAUACUUGGCAGAAAUGAGAGAAGAUGUUCCUUUAUCUGCUACUCUAGAAGAAUUAAAAGAGAAUAAACCGUUGUCCAAGAUGUUUAAGUUGCACCAUCAUGCAAAGAAAUCUGUUCCAUGUGAGAGAAACAUCUCCAGAGAGGAUUCGCAGAAGUCGUCAUUUCUUUCUCCACCGGCUAAAGUAAAUUGGGUUCUUUCUAGUUCUAAAGGUGAUUCUUGGGACCCUUUCAUUGCCGGAACACCAAUCCCUGAUUCGGUAAAACAGCAAUGGACUAAAAGAUUCAUGUUGUUCAUGAAUGAUGAUGACUCUGAAUGCAGAAAACUCAGACUAGAAAGUUAAAGACGGAUAGCUGGAGAGUCCAGAAAAUAUAUCGCAGUUGGAAACAGUAGUGUAUGUUACAAGCAAAGAUUGGACUGCUUCUGACCUAGAGAUUUACAUGCUAAUCUUGUACAUACUAACAUUAUGGAACUCCAUCUAAUAUUACUUCCUAACCAUUGUACAGAAUCUGUUGUCCUGUUUAUUUCUAUGUCCGCUCGUGCUCUCGAUAUCCAA